AGAAUGCAUUGCAUGGCGCGUCAUUGAAGAGAGACCAUGAUGGCGGCGGCCGCGGCGGCGGGGGGAGCCCCCGAGGUGAUCGCCCAGCUGGAGAACGCGGCCAAAGUGCUGAUGGCACCACCUUCCAUGGUCAAUAAUGAACAACGUCAGCAUGCUGAACACAUAUUCUUAUCAUUUAGAAAAUCAAAAUCGCCAUUUGCUGUUUGCAAGCAUAUUUUAGAAACUAGUAAAGUGGACUAUGUCCUUUUUCAAGCUGCCACGGCGAUAAUGGAAGCAGUUGUGCGAGAAUGGAUCCUGUUGGAAAAAAGUAGCAUCGAGUCCCUACGAACAUUCCUUUUAACAUAUGUCUUACAAAGGCCUAACCUCCAGAAGUAUGUGCGGGAGCAGAUAUUGUUAGCCGUAGCGGUAAUAGUGAAACGAGGGUCCUUAGACAAAUCAAUUGAAUGCAAGAGCAUUUUCCAUGAAGUCAGCCAGUUGAUAAGCAGCGGCAACCCCACAGUGCAAACACUGGCCUGCUCCAUUUUAACGGCACUGUUGAGCGAGUUCUCAAGUUCAAGUAAAACCAGCAACAUUGGGCUAAGCAUGGAGUUCCACGGCAACUGCAAGCGGAUAUUUCAGGAGGACGACCUCCGACAGAUAUUCAUGCUCACAGUAGAGGUACUACAGGAAUUCAGCCGGCGUGAAAACCUUAAUGCUCAGAUGUCUUCAGUCUUUCAGCGUUACCUUGCACUAGCCAAUCAGGUCUUAAGCUGGAAUUUUCUCCCUCCAAAUUUAGGCAGACAUUAUAUAGCUAUGUUUGAAUCCUCACAAAAUGUGAUGCUAAAGCCAACAGAGUCCUGGCGUGAGACCCUCCUGGACAGCAGAGUUAUGGAGCUUUUCUUUACGGUGCAUCGAAAAAUUAGAGAAGACACAGAUAUGGCACAAGACUCGCUGCAGUGCCUAGCUCAGCUAGCCUCUCUCCACGGGCCAGUGUUUCCAGACGAAAGUUCUCAAGUCGAUUACUUAGCUCACUUCAUUGAGGGAUUGCUCAACACUAUCAAUGGAAUUGAGAUAGAGGACUCUGAAGCAGUGGGAAUAUCAAGUAUAAUCAGCAACUUGAUCACUGUAUUUCCUCGCAAUAUAUUAACAGCCAUUCCAAAUGAACUUUUUUCUUCGUUCGUUAACUGCCUCACACACCUCACUUGCUCUUUUGGGAGAAGUGCUGCCUUGGAGGAAGUGCUUGACAAAGACGACAUGGUAUACAUGGAAGCAUAUGACAAGCUCUUGGAAUCCUGGCUUACUUUGGUACAAGAUGACAAACAUUUCCAUAAAGGCUUCUUUACCCAACAUGCUGUUCAGGUUUUUAAUUCUUACAUCCAGUGCCACUUAGCUGCUCCUGAUGGUACAAGGAAUUUGACUGCCAAUGGUGUUGCCUCCAGAGAAGAGGAAGAAAUAAGUGAGCUUCAGGAGGAUGACAGGGAGCAGUUCUGUGACCAGCUGGCCAGCGUAGGCAUGUUAGGAAGAAUUGCUGCCGAACACUGUAUACCUCUUCUUACAAGCUUAUUAGAAGACAGAGUGACGAGGCUUCAUGGCCAGUUGCAAAGGCAUCAGCAGUUAAUUGGCUCAGCCGGGUCAGCCUCUAUUGACAAUAAAGCGCUUGAUGACCUAUACGAGGACAUUCAUUGGCUCAUCCUAGUCACAGGCUACCUCUUAGCUAAUGAUACUCAGGGAGAGACUCCGCUAAUACCUCCAGAAAUAAUGGAGUAUUCCAUUAAGCAUUCAACUGAGGUUGACAUCAAUACAACGCUUCAAAUUCUUGGAUCUCCAGGAGAAAAGGCCUCUUCCAUUCCAGGGUACAACAGAACCGAUUCUGUUAUUAGGUUAUUGUCUUCUAUUCUAAGAGUGUCAGAAGUGGAAUCUCGAGCAAUAAGAGCAGAUUUAACACACCUCCUGAGCCCGCAAAUGGGAAAAGACAUUGUAUGGUUCCUUAAGCGGUGGGCAAAAACCUAUCUCCUAGUAGAUGAAAAACUGUAUGACCAGAUAAGUCUGCCAUUCAAUACGGCAUUUGGUGCUGACACAGAGGGCGCUCAAUGGAUUGUGGGUUACCUCUUAGAAAAAGUAAUCAGCAACCUUGCCGUGUGGAGUUCUGAGCAGGAACUUGCAAAUGACACCGUGCAGUUGCUAGUAACUUUGGUAGAAAGGAGAGAGAGGGCAAAUUUAGUGAUUCAGUGUGAGAACUGGUGGAACUUAGCAAAGCAGUUUGCCCGGCGGAACCCACCUCUUCACUUUUUGUCCAGCUCUGUGCAACGAACGUUAAUGAAAGCCUUAGUUCUCGGAGGUUUUGCUCACAUGGACACAGAUACCAAACAGCAGUACUGGACGGAGGUACUUCAACCACUUCAGCAGCGGUUCUUGAAUGUGAUAAACCAAGAAAACUUCCAGCAGAUUUGUCAAGAGGAGGAGGUGAAACAGGAAAUCACUGCCACCUUAGAGGCACUUUGCGGCAUUGCUGAGGCUACACAGAUAGACAAUGUAGCAAUUCUCUUUAAUUUUCUAAUGGACUUCCUCACCAAUUGCAUUGGACUCAUGGAGGUGUACAAGAAUACACCAGAGACUGUUAACCUCAUUAUAGAAGUUUUUGUUGAAGUUGCACAUAAACAAAUAUGCUAUCUUGGAGAGUCUAAAGCCAUGAAUUUAUACGAAGCUUGUCUGACCCUACUUCAAGUGUAUUCCAAAAAUAAUUUAGGUAGGCAGCGGAUAGAUGUUACAGCAGAAGAGGACCAAUACCAGGAUCUUCUUCUCAUCAUGGAACUCCUUACCAAUUUACUUUCAAAAGAAUUUAUAGAUUUCAGUGAUACAGAUGAAGUAUUUAGGGGACAUGAGCCUGGGCAAGCAACAAAUAGAUCUGUGUCAGCGGCCGACGUUGUCUUAUAUGGGGUGAAUCUAAUUCUGCCUUUAAUGUCCCAAGACUUGCUAAAAUUUCCGUCGCUGUGUAAUCAGUACUACAAACUAAUUACUUUUAUUUGUGAAAUAUUCCCUGAGAAAAUUCCACAGCUUCCAGAAGACUUGUUUAAAAGCCUUAUGUAUUCCUUAGAAUUAGGGAUGACAUCAAUGAGUUCGGACGUUUGCCAGCUCUGCUUGGAAGCUCUGACACCGUUAGCAGAACAGUGUGCAAAAGCACAGGAGACCGAUUCAUCCCUCUUUUUAGCAACAAGGCACUUUCUUAAAAUGGUUUUUGACAUGCUGGUACUGCAAAAGCACAAUACAGAAAUGACAGCUGCAGCGGGUGAAGCGUUUUACACGCUAGUAUGUUUGCAUCAGGCGGAAUAUUCUGAAUUAGUUGAAACGUUGUUAACAAGUCAACAAGAUCCUAUAAUUUACCAGCGAUUAGCAGAUGCCUUCAACAAGCUUACCGCAAGCAGCACUCCACCAACUUUGGACCGUAAGCAGAAGAUGGCCUUCCUCAAAAGUUUAGAAGACUUUAUGUCAAAUGUCGGUGGUCUCCUCUGUGUAAAAUAAACACCAGAACUGUAUGCCUAACCUUGACCCUUUCUGCAAAAUGCACUGAAAAAUGCUGAAAGCUGACUUAAUUUUAAUGCCUGUUUCUGGGUUUUUUGCAGCCAUCCAAGAUUUUAGAGAGCCUGGAAGUUUUUUUUAUAGUGCAGUGGAAUAGGAGAUGUCAACUCUAAAAUCAGCUUCUGCUAAUGUCUGUUAGCCACAGUCUGUCAUACCUUUUUAUGUUGUACAGAAUAAACAGAAAAACUGAAAUCUUCAAAAAAGAGAGAGAGAGAGAGAGAGAGAGA